AUGAAUGGAACAAAUAAAAUAGUGAUUGAUCAUGUUCUUUGAGAACCUAAAAUUCAAUGGCGUGCAGUGAUGGAGUUCAAUGAAUAUUGCACAAGAAAUGUAUUGGCCCCGGUAGAUGUAGAUUUUUAUCCUGAUCGAUCUCGUACGCCUAGCCCGCCGCCCGUAUUUUCAUCUAGUGUAUGCUGCGAUUUGGAAGACAUCUUGAGCGAGGCUAUAACAGAACCACUUCAAGGCUCUCUGCGCAUAAGUAGAAGCCAGUUAAUAAACCAAGAAUUGACCAUAAGACCAGAGGCAAAUAUUAUCGCAAACGUACCGGAAGAUUUAGACCUUUAUAACGUUAUCUUUGAGGUGGAACCUGACUCAGAAGUUAAAAUGAGUGAUGUUGAUGGAGCUGCUGUGGAAAAUAAUACGUUGAGUGAACCGGAGGCCUGCCGUUUGGUUGGCGGUUCCAAAUUCUACGAAAUGAUGGAAAGUGCUGUACGUAGUGAUGAGGUGUCAAUACCGUCUCCCACAGAGAAACACGAUCACAUGAAGCCUAUAGAGAGUGAUGAUGAAUUUUCAGACGUAGACCAAGAGUGUACAGUGUUCAGUGGUGUGAGCUACCUCGGCGCUCAAAACAUAUCGGACCCCAAAUCCGAGAGCGACAUACAACGCAUCAUGAAGGAACUCAGCUCGAUGCCGGAGAGUAGAGAUGGCAUUGCGGUGUCGAUAUCUGUUCCUGUGUGCUCGCAAGGACUUGUCGUUUUAUACCAAGCGGACACCAACAGUGUUAUGACAAGGUACUCGGUGAACCGCAUAUCGUUCUACGCACGAGGUUCUGCUGGGUCGGCAGUUGCUUCCUGUUUCGCUUUCACAUGGUCUCACGGAGAGACAAAAGAGUCCGCCGUGUACAGGUGCCACGUGUUUCGCUGUCACAUUGCUGAAGCUGUGCAUCAAGUUUCAAGUUGCUUCGCUAAAGCGUUCGAGCGUAUCCCCCGCUCCAUGGCCUCAUCUUUGGUCGGAGACUUGAGCGCGGCACCAUCCAUGACUGGCUCGCUGACCGAAGCCAUCGGCCCCACUGUACCGCCGAUGCAAUUGAUGCACGUCUUGGAGUGCACUGUUGAAAUUAAGGAAACUGACGCAAAGGGCACAUUCAGUCAUGUACCAAAAGAGCGGCUCGGCUUCAAACUCCGCGGUGGUAUAGACAAACAGGUGACGAUAAACGUUAAACAAGUUACCAACAAUACUCAGCCAGAGACUGAAGAUCCACAGUCAACAUAUAACGGUGGAUUAUACAUAGAACGUUGCUUCGGUAUUCUUCUCGCUCCAGGGAGGAGUGUAAAACACUCGGAUAUGAGAUUACUUGAAAUGGUUAGCGGCUCCUCAGGAGGAUCAGGUUGUUCGGUGUGUGCGUUGUGGAAUGCAGGAGAAUCAGCUUUAGCUGCGUUCAAUGUUGCCAGUGGAGAAGGGGCGCCUGCCUACAUGUCGCUCGCAUUGGACCUCGUCAUUAGAGGGAUACCAGAUCCGUUGAGAUUGAUAAUUGAGACUCCCGUGAAAAUAUAUCCACCUUCAGAAAGGUUCUGGUAUUAUUCAAAAAGGCCGCUGGUACAACAGUUUUAUAUUAACCUGAAAGAGUCGGUGGAUGCCCUCGGCCAAUUACAGUAUGAAGUGGCGAGUAUUGAAACAUCAGAUGAACUGGAUCGGUCGCGGCUGAACCUUCCAUUAUCACUGUCCAGUUUGUUGCCAUCGCCUCUGUCCAGUGCGCCUGCACCGCCCUCACCUUCAGAGCCGGACUCAGAUGGUGAUGAGCCUCUUUUGAGUGGUACAGGAGAAGUAUCAAAAGAUUGUGGUGAAGAUGUGCUCGUGAAUUGGGCUCAAGUCCUUAGGAGUUGGACCGGUCCUCGGCCACGAGCGCUAAACCAUUUGGUACGCGUCGGUGUGCCGGAAGCACUUCGAGGGGAGGUGUGGCUGAGACUCGCUGGCGUCGAUCAGAAUGACAAGCUCAUGGAGACUUACAGGACUCUUAUUAGUAAAGACUGUCCAUUCGAACAAGUCAUCCAACGUGACAUAGCCCGCACAUUCCCAGCACACGACUUCUUCCGCGAAGCGGGUGGCCUCGGACAAGACUCGUUGCUGCGUAUGGCGAGAGCGUAUGCAGUUUACGAUCAUGAAGUCGGAUAUUGCCAGGGGCUAAGUUUUCUGGCUGCCACAUUACUCUUACAUAUGCCAGAGGAACAAGCGUUCUGUCUGUUAGUAAAACUCAUGUAUGGUUACGGUCUACGUGAGCUGUACAAAGAUGGCUUUGAAGCUCUCUAUAUGAGGUUGCACCAACUUGAUAGGCUUAUGGAGGAGCAACUCAAUGAUUUGCGUGUGCACUUCCAAGAGCUGGGCGUGGAGCCUCACAUGUUCGCCUCGCAGUGGUUCCUGACCGUGUUCACCGCACGGUUCCCCUUGCCUUUGGUGUAUCACAUAUUGGACGUGUUCCUUCUACAAGGCAUAGACACGUUGUUCCAAAUAGCGUUGGCGCUACUCUCCAGAUCUCGCAAGGACUUGUUACAACACGACUUCGAAGGCGUACUCAAAUACUUUAGAGUGACAUUACCAAAGAAAUGCCGUGCCGAGGAAUCGUCCCGUCAGAUUGUGAAGCUGGCGUGCAGUAUCAAAGUGAAACGCCUUCCUAAGUAUCAACAGGAGUAUGAAAAAUUCAUUAAAGAAUCAGCUGAAAAAGAAAAGAUAAAUGUGGAGUUGGAGAGGCUUAAGGUUAUUAAUAACCAAUUGCAACAGGAAAAAGAUGCGCUUGAAUCGCAACUGGCAGAGUCACGCGCAGCAUCGGAGGAGAAUCAAAAGUGGGCGACGCAUUACUCGGCCGUUUCGCGGGACUACCGCGAGAUCUGCGCUCGCCUCGACAAGCAGCUACACAACAUGAAGGACUCUGUAAAGGACUGCGUCAACUGUAGCGUCAAACUUGCGCAGAAGGACAACAAAGAAGAAACGAAACAAGCUGCUGACGAGAAGGAAGGCGCGAGUGAGACAGAGGCCAGGCUCCGGCAGCGCGUGCGCGACCUGGAGCUGGAACUGGCGCAGGUCAAGCUGGCGCACGUGCAGGCACAGUGCAGCAACCAGGAGCUAAGCCAUCAGCUGACGGUAGCUCUUAACGAGGUUCAGUCAGCGGUCAACCAAAAGCAAUCGGUGGCACCCUGGCUCGUCCGCACCCUUGGUUCCAUCAUGGAGGCGGCGCAAAACAGGCCAUCAUUCCAGACCUACCUUCCAAGUACAAAUCAAGAACAACCUGCAGCAUCAUUACACAGACAAGGAUCAUUCUCGAACAUUCAAGCAACACACAGCCAGGCGAACCUCGACAGACGUGUCUCCGAACCAUAUAGCCCCGACGUCGUCAGGAGGAAGAAAGAUCUUAAUGCGAAGAGGCACUCGAUGCUCGUCGAGUCCAACCUGACCAAAGACGCCAAAGAAAUCAACCGAAGGAGCCACGAAGUUCCCAUUGUAAAAAAUCUUUCAAUGGGUUGA